AUGGUCGAGAAAGUAGCACUUGCAUUUGCAGAUGUAGAAGGUGGACAGACGGGUAAUUUCAAUCGAAUACGCGUUUUAAUGGCAAUGAACUUUCGAACUACAUGCCCGACAGCCAUUCGUUUGUAUAAAACAUCGGAAAAUACACAAUGUUUAUCACUAUAUGAGGAAGAACUUGAAGUUCUUCUUUUACCUGGAACGACAUUUCGUGUUACUAGUAUUGAUAUGAUGAACUCACUGUAUAUCAUUUAUCUGAAAAAUAUUUUGACGAAAUGGGAACCUGAUUUAAUUUUGAAAAUUAUGACUAGAGAUAAUUUGGUCAAUGAAUUAAACGAAAUGUUUCAAAAAGUUUUAUCCCAAUCAGAACCUAAUUGA